AUGGCUGCCGAAAACAAGCCGGAAGGACUGAAGAAAAUAAGAAAUCCAGAGCGAAUGGUCAGGAUCGCUGUUGGUUACACAGGACACACCCCUCCCAAGAGUGACGACACUGACGCCAACAAUGAGCCUGGCCAAUUGAAGAUAUACCUUCCGAAGAAGUUGCUGGAGUGUCUACCCAAAUGUUCCUCUCUGCCCAAGGAGCGCCAUCGCUGGAACACCAACGAGGAGAUUGCUGCAUAUCUCAUCACUUUUGAGAAACAUGAUGAGUGGCUGACGACAUCGCCAAAAACCAGGCCUCAAAAUGGCUCUAUGAUUCUCUACAACCGCAAGAAGGUGAAGUACAGGAAAGAUGGCUACUGCUGGAAGAAGAGGAAAGACGGGAAGACCACCCGAGAGGAUCACAUGAAGCUCAAAGUGCAGGGAGUCGAGUGUCUGUAUGGCUGCUACGUCCACUCCUCCAUCAUCCCCACCUUCCAUCGUAGAUGCUAUUGGCUGCUGCAGAACCCAGACAUUGUGCUGGUGCACUACUUGAAUGUACCGGCAGUGGACGAUAGCGGGAAGCCAUGCGGCCCCGUCCUCUGCUCUAUCAACACAGACAGGAAGGAGUGGGCCAAGUGGAGCAAGGAGGAGCUCAUUGGACAACUCAAACCCAUGUGUGCUGGAAGCAGCCUGCAUCAGAAAUGUUCCAGUGUCAAGCAGCGCAUCAUCUCAUCCAAGCAGGAGUCCGGGGCAGCAGCAGGGGGUGGAUCUGCGGUGGGUACUGGUGUAGCGGCAGGCCAGAGAGCCGAGGAAGCAGAUGGCACGGAGGUCCAGAACAGCGAUGUGUCAGAAGGCCAGACAGAGCCCAGUCCUGCUGGGGGCAGGGGCAGAGUGGGCGCAGGAGAGAGGAGGAACGGCAGGAUAACCAAACCCUCCUUACUUCCACAGAGCAGCAUGGAGGUGUCCUCUUCCACUUCCAACAACCAGGUGGAGGUCCCUGACACCACCCAGAGCUCCCCACUGUCAAUCACUAGCGACAUGGCCGACAGUCCUGCUCUCUCCAUUGGUGCUGGUCUGUCACAAAGCACCGCUGUGUUCAUGUCUGAGGUCACCACACUGACUGGGGAUUCAGUUUACUCUGCUGGUAACACCCACCUGCUGGCAUCUGCCCACGAGAGUACCACCGCUGGCAUCCUGUUGGGUGUGGCCCCCGAAAACCAGAGGUUUGCAUCAUUUCCUGGUGGGGUGGGCUUAGGGGAGGGAGGGGAGUUGGUUCUGUCCAGCUCUCUAGACUCUGGCGGCGCAGUUAGCAUCCCUGAAAACACCAUGACCUUCGACCCCGACUGCUUCCUCAACAAUCCCAAGCAGGGUCAGACGUACGGUGGAGGUGGAGGGAAGACAGAGGGGUGUAAUGGUGAUGAUGGAGGACUCCACUGUUCCCCUAACAGCUUCCUCUACAAUCCAGCCCUCGUCCUCAACAUCAAGACGGAACCAGUGCCCGUGGAGCAGCCGCUGUCCUCGCAGAGUAGCUAUGUAGGAGAGGGAACUGGCCUCAGCCCUAGCACCACCCUGGAGCAAAUGGACUUCAGUGCUGUCAUGUCAUCCGCCUGUGUCACAAGUCUUAACCAGACUGUACACCACCCCUCCCCAAGCCUCUUCCUCCAGGCCUCCCCCCAGACAAGCCAGCCCUCUCUGCAGACCAAUGGUACGGAGGGUACCCAGGACUCGGGUGAGGCCCAACCAUACAUAGGUCUGCCCACAGUGCCAACAGACUCUCCGGUCACCAACAGAGAUCCGCGCACACAUCUCCACCAAGCCAGCCCGGGCCAGCAUGGCCUGUGUGGAAGGAACGGCCAAGGAGCAGCAGUGGGCCCAUUUCCCCUGACAACACAGGACACUACCGUCGACCAGUCAGGCAGCAGGGGACAUCGGGAGAUGGGGGGCUUAGACAAAACUUCUGAGAAUGGAGGGGAGUUACUGCUGAAGCCGGGGGAUCCUCACGAGGCCUACGCAAGCGUGGACACACAGCACUACCUGCAACCCACAGAUGACCAUGGAGGGGGAGAGGAGGGAGGAAGAGGGGGAGGGGAAAACGAGAUUCUCUGUAAUGGUGUAAGUUUGCCAGGGGCCAGCAGCUCAGUGGGGGCCAGUCCUCAGUCGAUAGGUGCAGGUCCAAGCAUUGAGGGGGCGCUCUACAGUUCUCCUCUUCCUCAGCAAGGUGGGGGUGUGUCGGCCGCGGCAGCUGGGGCAGGAUCAGCCAUCAGUCUGGAAGGUUUUGAGGCUUCAUUUGGAAGCCAGUUCUCUGAUCUCAUCAAUGAUUUCAUCUCAGUCGAGGGGUCUGGGGGCGGGGUGGGGGCAGCAGUCACUGGGGUCUUGAUGCCCCAGGAGGGGGCAGCAGGAGAGGAGCAUGGCACAGCAGUGGGCCACCUGCAAGGCUCGGAGGUGGAGCAGGGAGCUCUGGGACUGCUCCAGGAGACUGGGAGGCUGUUUGGUGUGACAGACUACUCCCCAGAGUGGUCUUAUCCAGAGGGCGGAGUGAAGGUGCUGAUCACAGGUCCAUGGUUGGAGUCGGGCAGUGAGUACAGCUGUCUCUUUGACCACAUCAGUGUCCCAGCUGCCCUCAUCCAGCCCGGGGUGCUGCGCUGCUACUGCCCAGCCCAUGACACUGGCUUGGUGAUGCUACAGGUAGCUAUGGGUGGUGAAGUCAUCUCUUCCUCUGUGGUUUUUGAGUACAAGGCGCGUGAUCUUCCUGCCCUGCCAUCUUCUCAGCACGACUGGCUGUCCCUGGAUGAUACCCAGUUCAGGAUGUCCAUCUUGGAGCGUCUGGAGCAGAUGGAACAGAGGAUGGCUGAGAUAUCCAAUCAGAACCCCAUCUCAGAAACCAUGGCAACCAAGGGCGGAGGAGUCGAGGGAGGAGGAGCCACUGAUCAGCAGUCUCAAAUUCCUCCUGAUCAGGGUUCAUUCGAGGGUCGCGUGGUGGUGGUCUGUGAGAAGAUGAUGUCUCAGUCGUGCUGGGCUUCUUCCAAUCAGCUCAUCCACAGUAAGAACUCCAGAGGAAUGACCUUACUGCAUCUGGCUGCAGCUCAGGGCUAUGCAGGGCUCAUUCAGACACUCAUUCGCUGGCGCACAAAGCAUGCGGACAGUAUUGACCUCGAGCUGGAGGUGGAUCCUCUUAACGUAGACCACUUUUCCUGCACUCCACUGAUGUGGGCUUGUGCUCUGGGCCAUACUGAGGCAGCACUGGUGCUUUACCAGUGGGAUCCGAGAGCUCUUUCUAUUCCCGAUUCACUGGGUCGCUUGCCUCUCAACAUUGCUCGAUCGAGGGGCCACACUCGAUUGGCUGAGCUAUUGGAACAGCUGCAACAGACCCCUCAAGCUCAGGGCCAGCCAGGUGACACUUGGAUGGACAGAUGGAGAGAAGAGUCACGGACAGGUGGAAUAAUUAACAGCCCAACUCCAAACUCAAACUCAGAGCUGAGGAGAGCCAGGACAGAGAGCCCGCCAGACAACCAGAACCAGAGCUGGAGCCAAACAGGACACAGAGCCCCACAGGGAGCACAGGGAGAUAAGGAAGGUCCACCCCCAGCCAAGAGACUCAAACCCAGUCCAGACACCCAGCAACAGUUAGCUAACUCAACCCCCAGCACCAACACCCUCAAUUCCCUCCUCAACACCUUCCCGAGUCCUCAUGCCCGGUGUUCUCUCGUCCCCAACACCCUCUCCCAACAAACUCAACCCUCCAACCUCAGCUGUCAGAACACACCUCCUCCUACCAGCUCCAGCCCUAGCCGGCCUCAGCUCCCCAACACACAGUUCUCCCACCUGCAGGCCAGGAUAGGGGGGUCCGGAGGGGGCACCAGGUGGAGUCUGAGACAGACUCUUGGGCAAUGUAGCCUAGCCAGGAGGAUUUUAGGAAAAGAGCGACUGGCCAUUCACCUGCGCCAAAGAGUGCUGUCAGACAGGGGAGAGGAGACAGAGCUGCUGACCUAUCAGGAUAACACUGAGGACUUGCAGAUGGACAUUACAAUGCUAGCUGAUCACAUCAUGGAGGCUUCAGCUGGUAGGCUUAAACAGGAGGCUGUGGAAACAGACUCUGGGAAGGUGGGGAUCAGCAGCGAUGUCAGGUUACUGUCUGGUUACCUCAGUGAGGUGGAGAGGUUCCUGAACUCCAAGCCCCAGACUCCUAACCCCAAACCAAAAUCUCUCUCAGGGCCGGAGGAUCAGCCGAGUCCUCAGGCUAAGCAAGCCCCACCCUCCCCCUUCGACUGGAGCUCCUUCCUCUGUGCAGCUAUGAAAGAGGAGAGGUUGAAAAAUGACUCCCCCUGUCUAGCCAUGACUGAAGCAGAGCAGGGAGAGCUGUAUGAGACCAUCAGGCAUGCCCUUCACGCCCUCAGAAAACACAAGGGUCCCAUUCAGGAACAACGCAAGGAGAUUGCAACAGUGAUUCAACGUUGCUAUAAGCGAUACAAGCAGUAUGCACUUUAUAAGAGGAUGACCCUGGCAGCCAUCCUGAUCCAGAGUCGUUUCCGGAGUUUCCAUGAACAGAGGAAGUUCCAGCAGAGUCGUCGGGCAGCGGUCCUCAUCCAGCAAUACUACCGUUCCUACAGACACUCCCUCAGCAGCCUCCUAACUAAAAAACAGAACCAGGCUGCUCGCAAGAUCCUGAGGUUCCUGCUCCGAUGCCGCCACAGGGCCAGAGAGCAGAGAAAGGCCAGGGGUCCUGAGAGCCCACCGCCAGGCGCCACACACAGCCCCCUCAGCCUGUGA